ACCUUUGAGAAGCCCCGGAGCGGCGAGCCGCGCGCAUUCGAGCGGAGGCUGGGCUCCGGGCUGCGGAACCGAGGCCGCUGUUGUGAGAAGAGCUUGUUUUGUGCUGCGUCUCGGCUUCUGAAACGCUCCCAGGCCAGCCCUUCGCGGCAGCUCUGUGAUGUCUUCAUCUGGGCUCCGCCAAAGAGAAAGCUGAUGUGUCAGGGAGAUUAGAGCCAGAUUUCACACUGAGCAGCUGCAGACGGAGCAGUCAGAGAAAGCACCACCAGCCUGGAUUCCCAGGGGCCUGCCGGGCACUCAGCCUGCUCCGGAGGGAAGCCCUGAGGCCGCUCUCUCGGCCGAUCCCCGCUGCCAUGGAACCCACAGCCGCCACCCCCCGGCUGCCCUCCCCACUGCCGGGCAGAUAAGGGUGGCACUGCCCCAGGAGCACCUGCAACCCUGCCCGGCCAUCCUCCCUGGCCAGCCCUUCUUCCGCUUUGGGCCACCUGUGCUGACCUGAUGCCAUGUAGGCCCCCUCGGGCCUCUGGGGACAGACACACCACCGGGGACUCCGCCUCUAGAGCCUGGGGCACCCUGCGCACCACCAUGCCCCGGGGAUUCGCCUGGCUCCACUAUCUCGGCAUCCUCCUUGGCAUGGCCUUGGGGAACCAGGACCUGGAGGUGUGGCCCCUGACGCAGAGCAAGGAGUGCGCCCUCACUGGCAUCCUGCGGAACAAGCUGCAGUACAGGAACCGCCUUCUGUACAUGAAACAGUACUUCCCCAUCGGCUACAGGGUCAGCAUGCCUUACGAGGGGGUGCUCAGAGCGGCCAACGUCACGAGGCUGCAGAGGGCCCGCGUGAGCCAGCAGGAGCUGCGCCACCUGUGGGUCUCGGUGAGUCUCGGCGCCACCGAGGCCGUGCAGGGGGUGCUGCUCGAAGGCCACCCGUCCUGGAAGUACCUGAAGGACAUCCACUCUCUGCUGGUGGACGUCCAGCAGGCCCUCGGGGAUGUGAAGCUCAGCCCCCCGGUGGACGCUGUGCUGUCCCUCCCGAGUGACCGGCGGCUGAGCCUGAAGCUGGUGCGGCCCAAAGCCCUGCUGGACAACUGCUUUCGGGUCAUGGAGCUGCUGCACUGCUCCUGCUGUAAGGAGCCCUGGAAAAAAAAACUGCAAGGCCGCCAGGCCGAGCCUGACGCAGCUGAGGGAGGGGGCGGUGUCGCCCGCCCCAGGGCCGCCCAGACUGGCCACUUGCCCUCCGGUCCUCAGGCCCCCUUCACCCCGGGCCCUUCAGGGACCCGAGCCUGGGCCCUGGGGUUGGCCCGGGCACUCAGCAAGCUUGUGCUGACCUAG